GAGACCGGGCCACUUGUUUCUUCACCACACACCCUUUGCUACUGAGAUUAUGAAGAAAAGCAAACAAACUUUGGGAACAGCUAAGAAAAAGAUUAUCAAGGUUGAAGAUAAGGAACCAGAGACUAGCGAGAAGGCUCCAGUAAAAGUUGAUUCUUUGGACGAUGAAGAACAAGGAUUUGGUGGGUGGCUCAGAUCAUCAGACGGCCUGGAGACUAUGAAACUAUUUGUGAUAGCAAAUAGUAUCGUGAUGCUUACUACCAUCGUCUACCCACACGCUCAAGCAAUCUUUGAGAUCGUUUCGGAUAUGAUUUAUGGCACCGACGUUUUGUACGACGAUUGAAUUGAUUACGUAAAACCUAUUUACAAGGAAUCCUCGAGAGAUCUGACUGUGAAUCUACGGCAACGGAACGGCAAAUUCUUUGACGUUUUGUGUUCCUAUAUUUAUGUGGUGAUCCUAUCUGAAUUCAGUGAACGUUUGAAUAUUUACAACCCUCAUAUUAUCAAACCCCACCUUUACGACGAAGUUUCUACAAAUUUUUGUAAGACUAUUUCUCUAAGAUUUCGUUUAGACUAAGGUAUGUGGUGCAUAGUGCACUUAACACUAUAACAACUAGCUCAUCUCAGUGUCUUAAACAUUUAGCUACUUUUAAAACAGCAAAACUUUUGUCUAAUAACUUGAAUUUCUUUGUGCGCUCGCUACUUUCUUUUCUCCUGCUUUUAAACUUAAGUGGGCCAUAACUUCUCAGUUUAAAACGUUUAGGUAACUACGUUUAGGUACUUUAAAAUUAUAUUUUGAGACCUUUUUUGGUCUAGUAGAUUUAUCAUACUUACAAACUUUGAUUCAAAUCUUUUCUUCAAUUUUUAUUUUUAGUGACACAAAAAUAAGUAUUUGAAUGUUUAGUUAAUGGAUCUUCUAUUUAAAUUUUUUAUAGUUAAGGUUUCUAAACAUAAAAGAAUUUGAUUGUUACCAGUCUCGAUGUCAAGACCUAAUUUGUUGUUUUAAUUAAACUUUAAUAGCUUUUUAGAAGCCUGUUAUUAGCAACUACUUAAACUAAUUAUAAGUAUUUUAAAGUGUGUGAUGUUGACUUAUUAAUGGUCUUAAAAUAUUUAUGUCAAAAUGCUUGGUUUCAUGUUUCGGUUGAUAUUUUCUCUUAGUGUAAUUGUAUGGUAUUCUGUUAAUGUAUGGAAUAUGAUAUCUGAUUACUUUAAUAAGGAGUUUCAUAGGUUAUUAUCGAAUGAAUCUGAGUAUGUAGACGUUGAUAUUGAUCACUAUGAGCAUGAAGAAUUGUAAUUUUAUUUUGAAUGCUUUAAUAUUGAUUGAUAUGAAUUGUUCUUUUUAAUAAACAAUUAAACAUGUUUUCAUAAC